AUGUCCACUCGUGGUAAACCUCCUACACGUUUUGAUGGAAAACUCAAACCACGACGCCCGCCAAAUCACACCAGCAUAACACGCCACAUUUUUUACCUACGAUCGAACGACCAUGUCGGGUCUAUUCAGCUCUCGCUGGGCACCCGGAUCCGGGGGAAACGAUACCCAGCGAGUCAAAAUACGUCCCAGCACUGGCCCUCGCCCUCUAAUAACUCCAAUACCGGUAACAGCAGUAUCCGCCCGGCGACUAUCACAUCCCAAGAUGGUCGUUUGCUGCCGCCUGCCGAGGAAUUGGCACGAUUUAUGAAAAUUGUCGCUAGGCUGAGAUGGAAACUUCCAUUUUUAGCAGAAGGAUACCGUCUUGCAACAUUGGAAAUCAGUGAUGUGGUAUCGGCAGACAUAAUCGCCCACGCGGAAAUAAUGUUCAAGAUUGAUUUCCAUGAAUAUUAUGCUCUGCUUGAACGUGCUAUUGUCCAUUUACUGGCGGUUUUCAAUAUCUCGGUCACAUCCUCGCCUCGGGGACCACUAGAUAAUGGGAAUGGUGUCGGUCGGCCUGUUGGUAUUCAUCGAUACCAUGCCAAUGUGCUAGAGGCUUUGCGGGAGCAGUCAACCCCACUAUCCCCAGUUCUUGGCAGUGGUGCUGUUUAUCUACAAUUACAAAAGGCCAAGGAAUUACGGAAUAGAUGGAAAACUGCCGAUCGGACUACGGAAGAGAGAGAAAAACAAGGCGAAAGGAAAGAUGUUGUGACGCUUGCAAGUUUUGACUUCGAGGGGAUCAUCUCUGAUAUCUUUGGUGGAUUAGAAGAAUCAUAUGUUCGGGCAAAGGAGCAUGUCGACAAGUGCAUCCGUCCAGAUGAGGUCACUGGAGAGGGGACAAAUACCGAAGCGGACUGGGGAUUCAUGGUCGAUGCCAUGGAUUGGGAAGCCGUAUGA